AUGUCUGCCCCGUCCGAACAGACCCUGGUCGUCACCGGCGCCAAUGGUUUCGUCGCCCUUCACAUCAUCAAGCAAGCCCUGGAUCGCGGUUACAAUGUCCGAGGAACCGUUCGAUCCGUCAGUUCAGCAGGAAAAGUCCGCUCCCUCUUUGCCGACUACGGCAACCAGUUCACAGUCUCCAUUGUCCCCGAGCUGAACAACAAGGAACUCUAUGAGCCUGCCUUUGUCGGCACUUCAAAGCCUGUCACGGGCGUCAUCAAUGUUGCUGCUCCCUUCUCCCUGAAAGUCGAUGACCCUGUUACUGGGCUGCUGGAUCCGGCUGUUAAGUGCGCUGUUAGCAUGCUUGAAGCAACUCGUGCAUAUGGACCUAAUGUCCGUCGCGUUGUCAACACAUCGUCCUUUGCUUGUAUUCUCGAUCUCACCCAGGGCUACCGUCCCGGAUACACAUACACAGAGAAUGACUGGAACCCAAUGACACAUGAUGAAGCUGCCAAGGCCGACAAUGCCACUGCAUACUGUGCUUCCAAAGCUCUUGCCGAGAGGGCCAUGUGGGAUUGGGUUGAGGCCCAGAAGCCCUCAUUCUCUCUGACAUCUAUCAACCCUCCUUGGGUCUUUGGUCCUCAUCUUAGCCCCAUCACUGAUCUUUCACACCUCAACGAAUCCUCUGAGGCACUGUGGCGUCUUGUUGGUGCAAAGGACGUCCCUCCAGUCGACUUCGGCGGCUUCGUUGAUGUUCGUCUCGUCGCCACAGCCCAUCUCGAGGCCUUUGAGCGUCCCGAGGCUGCCGGCGAGCGCUUCAUCUGCGGCCAGCACUUUGACUACCAGAGCGCGGUGGAUUCCCUCCGUGAAACUCUACCAGAGCUGCAGAGCCGCUUGCCCCUGGGAACACCCGGUGCCGGUAAGACGCAGGCCAUCUACCAGCUCGACGGAAGCAAGGCAGAGCGGGUUCUGGGAAUCAAGUACAUUCCCUUGGAGGUUACCAUGAAGGAUUCUUUUGCACAGUUUUUGCAAGCGGAGGCGUAA